AUGUAAUGCUAUAAUUAGACAAAUAUGCCGGAUAAUAGAAAAUUUAACAAAUGGUGUGUUGUUUGUGGAGAUAAAGCAUCUAAUUAUAAUUUUGGUGCCAUAACUUGUGUUUCGUGUAAAGCAUUUUUUAGGAGAAAUGCUCAUCGAAUAGAUAAAUUAAAAUGUAAUUUUAGUAAUAACUGUAACGUUAAUGUAUUGACGCGAAAGUUUUGUCCUAAAUGUCGAUUAAAUAAAUGUUUUACUUUGGGAAUGAAAACGGAUUUAAUAUUAGCCGAACACCAAAAGAAAUUGCAAAAAAAUAAAACUAAUGAAAAACUAAAAUCCAAAUUAAGUUUCAAUUUGAACGAUGAAAGUGAUGAUUGUUUGACUGACAACACAUCCACUGAAGAGUCAGAUAAGACCAAUGAUUACAGUAAUGACAAAGAAUCUGAUUCUCAAAGUAGUGAUAACUCAUUAGUCAAUGAAAAUAUUGAUAUAAAAUCAUUGAUAUGUCAAACAUUGAACGUCUUUAGUCUACCUGUGCUGCGACCGCUCACUGAUUAUAGUAAUAAUUUGAAUGAGAUUGAAGGCAAACAACUCAAUGAACUGCUAUUUGCGGCAAAUUUUAUACGAUUUACAAUCAAUUCUAAUGUUGUUUAUGUAAUAAAUGAUAUCAAUAUGUAUACCGAGUAUAUCACUAAUGUUUAUACCCAAGGAGUCCAAACGUUUUUUUGUUUAACAAAUAAUUUGCAAACAUUUAAUCAAUUAUGUGAGACCGAUAAAAUCAGCUUGGUCAAAUAUGGAGCUAUUGAAAUACUUAGUGUUAGAUCACUAGAAACUUUUAAUUAUGAACAUCAAUAUUGGACUAUUAAUAUUGAUGAGACACAAUCUGUAUUAUUACCACUAGAGUACAUAAAAGAUUUGGUAAAUACUCCAUAUGAAGCCUAUAAAACAUUUUUCAAUAUUAUUAUUCCUGAAAUAAAUAGCGAUUCUGUGACAUUGGAUUUGUUAUCUGCAAUUCUAUUAUUUAAUCCAAACCGUCCAAAUAUAGUGCAUAAACAUUUUGUUAAAUUACAACAAAAUAAAUAUAUUUAUUUACUUCAACGUUAUUUUCAAUUGAAAUAUCGGUCGCCGAGUGAGGCAAACAAAAAAUUAAUGAAUUUGUUUAAAUUGCUGCCAAUUAUUAAUCGGAUCAGUCGUAUUAUGAGACAAAAUGGCAUUCAAACGCCUUCCUGUAUAUUAGGACCACUUUUAAGUGAAAUAUAUGACCACACAAUUGCUUAA